GUCAAACCUCGAGUCGACUCCACUUGCUGACCACAUGCAGCUCCGCCGCGCCGCAGCCGACGCCGUCGCUGGCCAGAAGAGAAAAAGCCCCCGGCCGUGACGGACCCCAGAGCAGCAGCAGCAGCAGAGAGCAGAAAUCAUGGCGCCAGGCGACGAGAAGCUCGCGGCCGACGCGUUCGUGGGCUACAACGAGUGGGCGGCCGAGACGCUCAAGGUGCAGAUCGCCACGGACUUCGUGUACGAGCACCAGGAGGGCGCGUGCGAGGCGGAGCGCGGCGUGUUCAUCGCCGAGGACGUGACGCCGCACGCGGAGGUCUUCAGCAUCCCGCUGGACUCGGUGCUGUCCGUCAAGAGCCUGCAGGAGAACGCCGUGCUGCAGAGCAUCGCCUUCUUCCAGCAGCUCACGCCCGAGCGCGAGGACGACCAGCUGGCCAUCGCGCUGCUCUACGAGAAGUUCGUGCGCGGCAGCAAGUCCAAGUGGGCCAAGCACAUCGAGCUGCUGCCCCGGACGUACCACAACGCGCUGUACUUUGGCCCGGAGGAGCUCCGGGCGCUCGAGGGCAGCAACGUCUACUUCAUCGCGCAGCAGAUGGAGGAGAAGGUCGCGCACGACUACGCCCGGCUCAAGGAGUCGGUGCUGCUGGAGCUCUUUGAGAACGUCCCGGAGGGCAUCAACGUCGACCUCUUCGACGAGUUCUUCUCGCUCGAGAACUACAAGUGGGCGCUCUCAACCAUCUGGAGCCGAUUCGGCGACGUGCCAGUGGCCAAGCAGUCGUUCAAGGCCAUGGUUCCGGUGUUCGACAUGCUCAACCACGACCCGGAAGCUGAGAUGUCCCACUUCUUUGACAUGUCUACGCAGAGGUUCAAGCUCGUGAGCCACCAGCACUGGAACGCAGGCGCGCAGAUGUUCAUCAACUACGGUCCAUUGUCGAACCACAAGCUGCUGGCGUUGUACGGCUUCGUGAUCAUUGGGAACCCGUUCGACGCCGUGGAAAUGUGGCUGCCUAUGGACGAGGCGUCGACCAAGUUCUUCCAGGAGAAGGAGCAGCUACUGCUCACGAACGGGCUGGACCACGCCACGAACCCGUUCGAGCUUGUUGCGGAUGAGAGCAACGACCUGCUGCUCAUGGCUGCGCGGAUACAGGAGAUCGACUGCGAAACCGUGGAGGAGUUCGAGGAGCUGGCCAACAAGGCGCUGGAGGGUGAGAUGAUUAGUCUUGAGAAUGAACAGGAAGCACUGACGCGGCUGAUUUACACGCUGGAGAAGAUGCUGGAGUCAUUCCCAACCUCGAUCGAGGAAGACGACAUAUUGCUGGAGCAAGAUGACAAGAAGACCGACAACCUCAACCAUGAGCGGAUGGCUGUUGCCGUGCGGCGGUCAGAUAAGUACAUUCUCUCCGAAAACAUCAACAUGCUCAAGUGGAAGCUUCUGGACAUCCUUCCAAAGAACUAA